UGUUUCAAACUUUAGUUUUCAGUUUCAUCGGUUGUCGACAUUUUUGUCUUUUUAGCUUAUUUGGGCAGGGUGACCAUCGCAACCGAAGAUGCAUAAGACAAUGGGAAGAAUUUUGAGUUUACUUGUUAUUUUAGGGUUUAUAAUUUCUAUCCAAGCUGAUUUGAUGCCGAAAUCCAAAAGUCCAUAUAAGGUCGUAUGCUACUUAGGAAGUUGGGCUAAUUACAGGUAUGGUGAUGGAAAAUUUCUUAUUGAAGACAUUGAUCCAAGGCUGUGUACUCAUUUGAUUUAUGGUUUUGCAAAACUUGGCCACGACAACAAGAUUGCUGCAUAUGACACUUAUUUAGAUUUAAAAGAAAACUGGGGACUGGGAGCUUACAAUCGAUUCAAUGAGUUGAAGAAGAAAAAUUCUGAGCUGAAAACACUACUUGCGAUCGGCGGAUGGAAUGAGGGAUCCACAAAGUAUUCCAUGAUGGCCAGAAAUCCCUCGAGUCGAAAGAUUUUCGUUGAGAGCUGCGUCAACUUCCUAACUAAAUACGGAUUUGAUGGCCUGGAUCUUGAUUGGGAAUAUCCUGCAGCAAGAGGUGGUACUCCAGAAGACAAAAAGAAUUUUGUUCUCUUAUUAAUGGAAUUGAGAGAAGCCUUUAAACCAAAUAAUAUGUUGUUAACAGCAGCCGUAUCUGCAGGGCAGAAAACAAUUGAUGGCGCUUAUGACAUACCAGCUUUAGGAAAAUAUUUGGAUUUUAUCAAUUUAAUGGCGUAUGACUUUCAUGGUGGUUGGGACAAACUAACUGGUCACAAUGCUCCCUUAUAUUUAUUACCAAAUGAUUCAGAAGAUAACAAAAAGCUUAAUGUGGAUUUUGCAGUGAAAUACUGGUUGGAAAAAGGAGCUCCAGCUGAAAAAUUAAUUUUAGGACUACCAUUCUACGGUCGUAGCUUUACUCUACGUGAUCCAGAACAGAAUGAUUUAAAUGCUCCUAUUACCGGAAAAGGAAUAGCUGGAGAAUUUACAAGAGAACAGGGUUUCCUUGGAUAUAACGAGAUCUGCAAGAAAUUGGAGUUUGAAAAAGGAUGGAAUAUUAAAGUUGAGAAACAUAUCGCUGCUCCUUAUGCAGUUAAAGAGAGGCAAUGGAUAGGUUACGAUGAUAUCAAAAGCAUAAAAACAAAGGUAAAUUAUCUAAUUAAAAUGAAUCUUGGCGGUGCUAUGAUCUGGUCAAUAGAAACUGAUGAUUUCAGAGGAAGGUGCCAUGGUCAUAAAUAUCCACUAUUACAAACAAUCAACUCCGUUCUCUCUGGCUCAUCAGAACCCAUUCCGAAGGAAGUGACUGACAAUGAUAACUCCAUAUUUCCAAAGACUUCAACAGAAUUACCGACUUCAAAAGCAAAACCAACUGUGCCAUCUCCAUCAACUACAGUUUCAACCACGCCAAGAGUAGUGACGGGGUCAACUAGAUCAAACAAAAUUCCGGUAUUCCCAAAUAAAGAUGUUCUUUCUUGUUCGCAAAGUGGUUAUUUCCGACAUCCAGAAAACUGUAAGUUUUUCUAUUUGUGCCAACCCAAAAGACCAGGAUUUGUCAACGAUUACCUAAUUUACUUGUUCACUUGUGGUGCUGGCACCGUGUUUAGUGAAAAAGAUCGAAUUUGUAAUUUUCCUGUCAAUGUACCUGAAUGUAAAGAAAAGAAUUAUUAAAAUAUUUGUU